AUGGACAAAAAUCAAAUAAAAUCACUUUAAUAUGAUCCCCUCGAAAUCGUCUAAGGUAUAAAAGACGACUAAAAUGAAGAAUAGUACGAUGGUACAUAUUCCGAUUCUAGUAUAGAAUCGGAUUCUGAAAAUACACAAAAUAAUAACGAAUACACACAUUAAGAUGAAUAAAUAAUACCCGAAGAUGACACAAAAAAGCCUAAAUAAAAGAAAAAGCAGAAUCCUUUAAAAAAGAAAUUUGCUCAAUAAACAAAUAUAAAAAAAUAAUAUAAAAUAACUAUGAAUGUAUCAGAUACAUAAUACCCUGUAGUAAAAUUUGUAGGAAAGAAAUUAUUAAAAUGGAGACUUAGUUAUGAUUCUGAAAAUACUGAAUGUGACAUAUAUUGGACUGAUAAUGCAGUUUAACCAGAAUAAUUAGGUAAAAUGUAAGCAUAUUAGAAAAUUAAUCAUUUCCCUGGUAUGUUUAUUUUAGCCAGGAAGAAUUAUUUGGCACGCCAUUUAAAAAAAAUGUAGAAAUAAUUUCCAGAAGAAUAUAAUUUCUUCCCUUAGACAUGGCUUUUACCUUUAGAAUAUAAUGAUUUGAGAACCGAAUUCGAAAAAAUCUAAAAAGGAAAACGGAAAACUUUUAUUGUUAAACCUGAAGCUAGUUGUUAAGGUAAAGGUAUUUUUCUUACUAGAAGUUUAGAUGAUUUAAAUAAUAAUGACCAUUAUGUAGUCUAAAGGUAUUUACAUAAACCUUUUCUAAUUGAAAAUCUCAAGUUUGAUUUUAGAGUUUAUGUUCUUUUGGCUGGAUGUGAACCUUUAAGGACUUAUAUUUUCAAAGAAGGUAUAGCUAGGUUUGCUACAGAAGAAUAUGAAAGCCCUAAUAAAGAGAAUUUAGAAAAUCUAUAUAUGCAUUUAACUAAUUAUGCAAUAAAUAAAGAUAAUUCAAAUUUCGAAUUUAAUUAAGAUGAAAAUAAAAUGGAUAAAGGACAUAAAAGAUCAAUAUAUUUGAAAAGUAAGGAUUAGAUGUAUAGAAAUUAUGGGAAAAUAUAAAAGAUAUGA